UUUAAUUCAAUGUGUGCUGCUUCAAUUCUUUGCGGUAACUCCUCUGCUGUGGAAACGACGGAAGCGCAGUUUUGGAUUUUGGUUUGACUGGCAGAAAGAAAGAAGGAUGGAGUUUCUGACAGGAAACCCGUUUACUACACCGGUGGGCCAGCGAAUAGAAUAUGCAACCAGCUCCAGUCUCCAGUCGGAGGACUGGGCUCUCAACAUGGACAUCUGUGACAUCAUCAACGAGACAGAGGAGGGGCCUAGAGAUUCAUACAAAGCAAUAAAGAAGAGGAUUGUUGGAAACAAGAACUUCAGAGAGGUCAUGCUGGCAUUGACUGUACUGGAAGCGUGUGUGAAGAACUGUGGCCACAGGUUCCAUGUGCUAGUCUCGACCAGGGAGUUUGUUGAGGGGGUUCUUGUCAGGUCCAUCUUACCCAAGAACAAUCCCCCUCUGGUCCUGCAUGACCGGGUGCUCAGCCUUAUACAGGCAUGGGCAGACGCAUUCCGCAGCUCGCCAGCUCUGACGGGCGUGGUCUCUGUGUACGAGGACCUGAGACGGAAAGGGCUGGAGUUUCCCAUGACUGAACUGGACGGAUACUCCCCCAUUCACACUCCAAAUAGGACUGUGCCUGAUAACGGGCCUAUUGUCACUGUAUCUGCUGCACCCUCAUCCCCCAGGCCUGUCCCCAUAUCACCACAGCUUCCUGCAUCCCAACAGAGCGAGCAGAGACCCCUCACCUUCACACCUUAUCAGGUUAAAAAGUUGAAGACCGACCUUGGAGUGGUUCGAGGUAACCUUUCAGUGAUGUCAGAUAUGAUGUCUCAACUGGAUCCAGCAACAGCUAAGCAUUCAGACACAGAGCUGCUUCAGGAGUUGUAUGCAGCAUGUAAAGACAUGCAGGAUAAGAUAAUGGAGCUGGUCCCAAGACUCAGUGAGGAGAAACUGACCGAGGAGCUGCUGGUUGCCAAUGAUGAAAUCAAUGCCACAUUCACUCGCUACCAGAGGUUUCAGAGACAAAGAGCUACACUGCAGAGCCCGACCUACGUCAACCUUAUUGACCUCAGUGCAGCAAUCAAGCCUGGUGUUACAGCUCCCACCCACAGCCAGCUCAGCCGAUCAACAGUUGACACGGUGUCUAGUCAGAUGACAGGACUCCGUAUGAGGGAAUUCGAUGAAUUUGCACAGAACAGGAGCAUCUCACAGACACAACCGAGACCGAGUGAGCGGAAUGAAGGUGUUGCCGACAGUCUGGCUCAAGCACAAAACACCAGAUUACAGAACACUGGAACGGGUGACAGCCCAGACUCCACCCCCCUCAGCUCCACUGCACAGUUUGAUUGGAUGAUGGAAAAGGGAAUGAUUCCUGUGAGUCAGACGUCUGUGAUGGAUGACAUUGAGAAGUGGCUGGAUGUGGACGAGGAGGACGACAUGGCUGAUUCAGAGGGUGUGACAAGUGAGGAGUUUGACAGGUUUCUGGCAGAAAGAGCGAGAGCAGCGGAGCGACUCCCGUCCCUGAAAGCUUCUUCUCGUGACGACAACAACUACCCCGAGUCAUAGGCCAAGCCACAACCUGUCACAUAACCAAUGCCAUUUUCCCAAAUAGUGUGAGAGGACUGAACUGGAUGAAUGUAUGAUUGGCACAUACAGUGAGUAAAUGACUGGUGGGAACAACAACUCCUGACAAUAGGGUUGUGCUACUGACACUCAGGUACACUACAGCACUACUUUAUGUUCAACUCUCCUGGGUUAAGGUCUUUAUCUAGUACGUUUAAUGUAUAUUUUUAUGUUAAGGCUAAAUUAACUUGGACCAAGUGUUUUUAACUUACACUAAAAGAGUGCUUUAUGAUAAGAACUUAAGUCGUCCCGUGCCACUGUAUAUGGAUAUCCAGCAGAGGAGGCUGGUGGGAGGAGCUAUAGGAGGAUUGGCUUAUUAUAAUGGCUGGAAUGGAAUUCAGUGGAAUGGAGUCAAACAUGUGGUUUCCUUAUGUUUGGUACAGUUUCAAUAUUCCAUUCUAGACAUUAUAAUGAGCCCAUCCUCCUAUAGCUCCUACCACCAGCCUCCUCUGGUAUGGCUGCGGAUACAAACAGUUGCACAAUGAUUGAGUUUAAUUCCUGUUACAUUUCUUAGAAGAGAAUGGAAUAUACCCAAUAUUUUCAGAUAAACAUUGAAUGGUGUGCAUUCCAGAAAAUCCAGGCAUGAUAAAUACAAUGUUAGUAGAUUGCAAUAAGCUAUAAUUAGGGGAAAUGAAUUAUGUGAUGCUCAUGAUGAAUCCCAUUUGUAAUACAGGACACUUUUUUAGGAAGAGCAAUACAAACGUAAUUGUUUCUGGAGUACUUGAAGUUUAUCAAAUGUUACACAAUGUCAUGAUGAAUUACUGUAACAUUAAACACAGGUGAAGUCUUAAAGAUAGUUUGUUUUUAU